AAUAUACUAUAGACACAUUUCAUAAUUUUUAUGAAUCGUCAUCGACCUAUUUUAAAUCUUGGUUUUUUAAAAAAAAGAGCUGGUCAUCAUUUUACUAAAAACGUUUAUAUAUAGGAAAAGUACAUGAAACUAGAUAUUAGUUUGCUAGACAGAAGACAGGCCAAAUUUCUGACUAACAUAACCUCAUAGUUCGAUCUUCCAUUCGUCAUAAUAUAACCUAAAUACUUAAAUAGCCAAGUUGUUUUUUAAUAUUUUUAUCUUGAUUUUAAAACAUACUUGUAUUGCUAAAUUGCUAUAUACCCAUUUUUUUUUUUGCCUUAUGUCGUAAAAAUGUCCAAUAUUUUAUUAUACUACAACUUGUAAGUUUUAUUAAAAAGUCAUAGUUAGUAGUCUUUAAUCAUGUCAACUUGCCUUUACUCAAGAAACGCAUUUAAAUCGUUACAAAUAAUUAAGCAAAAAUCAAAUUUCCUAUCCACUGCUGUAAAACUUAAAAAGAAGCCAGCAUCAAACCCGGUUUUGAUUAGCUGCAAAAGAACUGAACUAAAUCAUUAUCUCGGAACUCAUUAUGGUAAACUUGAUGAGGUCCCAUUAGCUUCAAAGGGCUGGAACCACAGUAAAUCAAAAAAUGACUAUUUCACUGUACUGCCAAUUCCCGACGAAAGUGCAGAAACAACCCAUUCGUUUUUAGAACUUGGAGUUAAUACUAAAAUUAUUGAAGCUAUGAAUGAAUAUGGCAUUAAAGCUGCCACAGAGUUUCAAUUUAAUGCUAACCAAACUAUUCAAAGAGGAGUCCAUACCUUACUAGCGGCCGAAACUGGUUGUGGAAAAACUAUAGCAUAUCUCCUACCUAUUAUUCAAGCACUACUCCAAGAUAAUAAACCUAGAGAAUUGAAUUCUCCCAGAGUUGUCAUUGUUGUGCCUAAUAGGGAACUGGCUUAUCAGAUAGGAGAUACUGCAGCAACUCUUUGUAAUCCUGUUGGUUUGCAUGUAAAAACAGUGGUGGGAGGUAAAGUUAAAAAGAUGAUGCUGCAGCCCACUUUUGAAGAAAUGGAUAUUCUAGUAGCAACUCCUGGAGCAUUGGGAAAACUCUCUACAGUAGGGGUUUAUAAACUAAUGGAGGUGGAAAAACUAGUUUUAGAUGAAGCUGAUACAUUAAUUGAUGACUCGUUUAUAGAGAGAAUAGAAUCUUUAAUUAAGAGAAUGUCACAAGGACAGUUAAUUAUGGUUUCUGCAACACUUCCAAAAAAACUUCCAGAUAUUUUAGUUCCUUAUAGUGAGACUAUGGAAGAAGUGCUUUCACCUAGAUUACAUAAGCCACUACUAAAUAUAACGCAGAAGUUUAUGCGCAUUUCUAAAACAUUGAAACCGGCAAAUUUAUUGCAAAUUGUAAAACCCAGCAAGCAACCCUUGUUGGUUUUCACUAAUCGGAACCAAACGUGUAAAUGGUUGGCGAUGUUUUUAAGACAAAACGGGGUGCCAUGCUCAAAUAUUAGUGGAGAUAUGAACUAUGCCAUUAGAAUAGAGCAAUGGAAUCAGUUUGUCCGGGGAGAGACUAAAAUUUUAUCAGCAACAGAUAUUGGUUCCAGAGGGCUAAAUACAAUUCAAAUCAAUCAUGUUUUAAAUUAUGACUUUCCUUUUUAUGCAGCUGACUAUAUUCAUAGGAUAGGGAGAGUGGGUAGACUGGGAAGUCCAGAUAGUUGUAAAGUUACCAAUUUCAUAACUAGUGAACAGGAAGUUAAACUUGUACAACAAAUUGAGCUUUCUAUUAGGAAAAACCAACCUCUCACAAAUGUUGAUGGAAAUAUCACCAAUAUAGUGCAAAAGAAAAUCUUGCAAAAAAUUAAAAAAGAAGCACCCUCAGUUUUACCUAUUGGCUAGGUUUAGGUUUUACAAUGGAUGGUUAUAAUAAUUUGUAAAUAACAGGAUUAAUAAAAAUGUUUUUAAUUAAAA